UUUUUCCUUUCCCUUUUUCUUCUUUGCUUCUUUAUCUUUUGAUUUGAACAGAGCCAGGCUUGAGCUGAUGAGCUGUAUUUGAAUUUGGACAAAAUUGUCUUUCACAUUCGGUAGUUUAACCUUUGCUUGUAAGACAAUUUGAUGCGGUACAUGGUGACCGGAGCAUAUCCAUGAAUUAAUGUCUCCCUAUUUCAUUAUGACAAAAAAAGUUAUAUCCAUUCCAUGCGCCUUGAUGUGAAGAGCAUCUUAUUCACAUGCUCUCUCUCUCUCUCUCUCUCUCUCUACAUUAUGCUUCAAAUUCGUUGAUCUUGUUAGUUCAUGGUCUUACAUACAUCUGUUUGGGUUUUUGGCUUGUUAUUUGCCUUCUACUUUAUUACUAUAGUGCUUCUUCGUGCCCCUUCACAUUAGGUCAUUGUCUAGUAUCAUGAAAACCAGGAAUCUUUAUCAGAGUAGAAGGUUUAUGUUUUUUCCCCAUAUUGGUACUGUUAGCUUGAGGAUGAGAAUUGAUGUGCGGAUACAUUGGAAUCUAUUAAUGUGCAGUGAGCCAGUGGCACAAAUGAAGUGCUAUCCAUUUCAAUUCCUAUAUAUUAACAUGCAAAUAAGAAAUUGGUGAGACUAUGUGAUACGUGCAUGCAUGCAGCAGCCGAAGACCCGGUCAAAGUGGAUAGCAGCAGAAGACCCGGUCAUGACGUGGUAAAAUCAUGGACCACAAGACAUGGCUUUGGAGGAAAAAAUCAUCUGAGAAGACAAUUGUUGUGAUUGAUAAAGCCAACUUCUUGUCAAAAGGAAAAAAUGAAGAGGCACAUGUUGUGGAUAAAGAAGUAGAGUGGGAAAGAUCUUUGAAAAAUCUGAAUGAGAAGCUAUCUGCUGCCCUCUCUGAGUGUAGCACAAAAGAUGAUCUUGUGACAAAACAUGCAAAAGCAGCAGAAGACGCCAUUGCAGGGUGGGAGAAGGCAGAAUCCAAAGCAACGUCUCUUAAGCAAGAAUUGGAUAAAGCUUUACAACAGAGGGUAGCUACAGAAGAAAGGUUAGCUCAAAUAGAUGGAGCUCUGAAGGAAUGUAUGCAACAGUUACGGUUUGUUCGCGAAGAACAGGAGAAAAGGAUUCAUGAUGCUAUAACAAAGACAUCAAAAGAGUUUGAAAAAGAAAGGAUGGAUUUAGAGGAUAAGUUGGUAGAAACAAAUGAAAAUCUUGCCAAGUUAGGUGCCGAGAAUACUCAAUUGAGCAAGGCCCUUCUGGUGAAGGAGAAGUUGAUUGAAGAGUUAAAUGCAAGCAAGUCUCAGGUAGAAGCUGAUUACGCUGCACUAAUAGCUAGAUUAAAUUCCAUUGAGAAAGGUAAUUCUUCUCUCAAAUAUGAGGUUCGUGUGCUUGAGAAAGAGCUUGAGAUUCGGAAUGAAGAGAGGGAAUUUAACCGUCGAUCAGCUGAUGCUUCACACAAGCAACAUUUGGAGAGUGUAAAGAAGAUAGCAAAACUAGAAACUGAAUGUCAGAGAUUACGACUCCUGGUUCAAAAGAGAUUGCCUGGACCAGCUGCUUUGGCAAAAAUGAAAAAUGAAGUUGAAAUGCUUGGAAGGGAUCCAACUGAUCAGAGGAGAAGUAAGUCAAGUCCUCCAAUGGCAGGUCCAGUGGUAGGAUUUGUUUCCAGACACUCUCCUGAUGCUCCCAGUAAAAGGAUCAAUUUCUUAGUUGAACGGUUAUGUAGCAUGGAUGAAGAAAAUAAGGCUCUCAAAGAAGCAUUAAUCAAGAAAGACAGUGAACUUCAGUCCUCAAGGAUCAUGUAUGCACACACAGCUUCUAAACUAUCACAAGUUGAGGCUCAGCUUGGAAUCUUGAUGAAAGGUCAGAAAACUAUGGUUCUGUCAAAGAAUAGUUCGAUACCAAAUAUGUUGUCCGUUGAUUCAACAUCUGGUAUUGGCAACGAUGAUGAAUUAAGUUGUGCAGAAUCAUGGGCCUCUGCUUUAAUAUCAGAACUGGAACAUUUCAGAAAUGAAAAACCAAAGACACCACUGUCAUGCAAAUCUGUAGGAAUUUCAGACCUAAGUCUGAUGGAUGACUUUAUUGAGAUGGAAAGGUUGGCAAUUGUUUCUGUGGAUACACCUUUGGGAAAUUCCCUUGUUUCUUCAGAUGAAAGUAAUGCAGCUGUGGGGCCCUUGGGAACUGAAUCAGCUGUUUAUCCCUCAGAUGCAGCUGGUAAGGAACUAGUUCCAGUUAUGGAUAGUCACUCAGGCUUUUGUUACAUAACUCAGAAAACCCAACCAAAUGAUGCAUCUCUAGGAAAAUAUCCUCAUUGGCUUCAGGAUAUCUUGAAGGUAGUGUUGGAGCAAAACCUGGUUACAGGAAGAAGCUUUGAUGAGAUUCUCAAGGAAGUCAGAGUUGCAUUGACAAAUACGAAUAAUUCAAACCCCAGUGAAGCAGUUGGUGCAAGGAAAAGCUCAAGCCAUUCAGGAACAUCAGAUUCGGAUCCUCAACAUAUUAGUGGGUAUAUUUCAUGGAGACCUCCGAAUAACUCUCUACCAGUGGAUUCAUUUGAUGAAUCAUCUGGAAUUAGCUUCUCUUCAAAGGAAAAUGCGGACCAGAAGCCUCAAUCAAAUCUUAAUAAAUCAAUCUCUAGACUGAUUGAACUUAUUGAAGGAAUUAGUCAGCCGUCUCUAAUGGAUUAUAGUACCCCUCAGAUCUUAGCUGAGAAUGAUGGGAAUUCUUUACCAUAUAAGAAUUCAGCAACUCCCACAGGUUACAUGGUUCGUAUUUUUCAGUGGAAAAGUCCUGAACUCACUGCUGUUCUGCAGAAUUUUGUCAAUGCUUGUUAUGAUCUGUUGAAUGGAAAAAUUGAUCUUGAAAACUUUGCCAGAGAGUUAACUUCAGCUUUGGAGUGGGUUACGAGCCACUGUUUCUCCCUUCAAGAUGUUUCAAGCAUGAGGGAUACAAUCAGGAAACACUUUGAUUGGGAUGAUGCCAGAAGUGAAACUGAACAUGAGAAUGGUUCACUUUCAGAAACAGAUAAAAUACAUUCUAUUGAAGAACCACUGCCAUGUUUGCCUUUAGUUGGUGUCUCAAAUGGUGAUAGUAAUGUAUCUAAAAUGGAAAAGGUUCAGUCUGUCCUGAAUGAAGAAAAUAGGAGAUUAAAGGAUGAGCUGAAGUGUGUGGAAUCUGUGAAGAAAGAUUUGGAACUGCGGCUCCAAUCAGCAACUGAAAAGAGUGAAUCCUUGAUGAAUCAGAUUCAUGAAUCGAGAAAAGAUAUUACAAGUUUACAAGCACAACUAGAAACUUUGAGAGAAUCAAAAGGGACUAUGGAGGAUCAGAUUGAAAAUAACAAGUUAGCUAAUGAGGACCUUGAUGCCCAGCUUAAAGUUGCCAGGGUUGAAUUAAAUGAGUCUCACAAAAGGUUUCCAUCUCUGAAGUUGGAGCUUGAGGAUAAACGUAAUUGUUGUGUAGAUUUAGAGGCGACUUGUCAUGAAUUAGAACUCCAAUUAGAAAGUGUAACAAAGAAGGAAAAUCCAAAGCAUGAUCCAGAUCAAGAGGAAAAGCAAUUUCAAACUGACCGGGAGAUCACAGCUGCUUCUGAAAAGUUGGCAGAGUGCCAAGAAACUAUCUUAAACCUGGGGAAGCAGUUGAAGGCAUUGGCUUCACCCAGGGAGGCAGCUAUGUUUGAUAAAGUUUUCUCCUCCCCUAUCACUACCACCGAAAACAAGAACAUGAGCACAAACCAUCGAUCCUCCCUACUUGAUCAGAUGCUGGCUGAGGAUGAUGUGACCGAGUCUCCCACGACAAAAGAAGUUAUAUGCACAGGAGAUGCCAAUAAACUUCCUAGUCAUCCCUCCAAUAACUCCAAUUCCGUCCAUGGCCCCAUCGCCCCAGUAAAAUCUCUAGAGAAUGCUCUUAGUUUAAAGAAAACUAAGCACAAAAAUGAGACGACCACUGUCGAAGUUCUCGCUAUUGUGCCAAUUAAGAAACGUACAGGUGGUUCAGGUCUGCUGAGAAAGUUACUGUUGCGAAGGAAGAGAGGGAACAAGAAAGCAUCCAAUUCCGUCGCUGUUGUGUCAUGAUGAGGAUGAAGUGGUAACAACAAGAGUAUGAUCAGGGUUUUGCUUUAAUAACUUUGCCUUUCGCAAGACCAUGGAGUUGGAAAUAAUGAGAGAGAGAGAGAGAGUCCUGUUGUGCCUGCAUCAGUAUGUAUUGUUGGAUUCCCGUUGUAUAUAUUUGACAUUGCGAUUACAUGGGAGCUGUGUUCAUUUCAUGUUGCCACCGA